AUGGCUCCCCAGGUCAUUCGCUUGCCCGAUGGGCAGACCUUCACUGUCACACCCGUCUUUGCAGGUCUCGGCUUCAAGAGCCAUGAGUUGAAUACGCAUCAUAAUGCGUUUCCUGUGGGGUGGACCGUUGUGCUGAACACGGAGAGCGAUGAUGGAUCUGAUGAUGAUACUGAGAAGCAGGAUGUUGAAAAUGGAGAGAAUGGUGUUGCGCUGGAUGGGAAGGCGAAGAGGCAAAUUCACUCUUUCGCUAAACCGACGCUGCAGGGCGAUAACCUCUUCAUCUCGUCCAUCGCGAACCCUUCGAGCUCCGAGUUCAAACCCGCUGCGAGUCCCACACGGCAGAUUGCCAUGAUGCUGUGGAUUACACUAUACUGGUACUUCCACCAGCCCGAACCUGCGCCGCAAGUUCCUGCUCAGGCAGCGGAGAAGACGCCCCAAGCUGCUAAACCUCGUGGUGAAUGGAGGAUCAACAUCAAGCGCGAUGGAGUGCUCCGAGGUCGGAAUUUGAUCCCUAAGCUUGAGCGCAUGGGACUUAUAACGUCGGAGAGCAGUGCUGUUGGAACGAGUUUGGAUGAUAAUGGGGACGAUUGGUCUAAUAUGUUUGUCUCGAGACGGAUGUUUUGGCAACUCCCUGGUCGGCUUUUUCUCUUCUCUUUACAACCUAACAAAGCUGGUGCGAAUUACGAUUCUGUUCCUGGAUCGCCUAUUGGCAGUCGCCCGAACUCACCUUUACCUAUGGAACCACCAUCGCCAUUCCACAAGACCUUCCAGCGCCAUUCACCGCAUUCGUCUCUGAAUCGAAUAGAUCAUGAUCUCCCCGGUGGACCAACUCCCACAUCGAUGGCAAACCCGCCUAGCUUCCCUAUUGGACCUUUCUUUUCGAGCUCUCAUCUUCCGACUUACUAUCCGCCUGCUCCUCUUCAAUAUAUCUUUACGAAUAAUAUCCGUCACCCGAUGAGACCAAAGCCACCUAGGAUGGGCGAAGUCUUCUACACAAGAUUUGUCCCGAGCGUUAAUCAGUACCUUUCGUUCCGAGUUGCUUCCAUUUCACCCAAUCCUGUACCUUACCUUGGACCCGUUGGACCCAAGCCUCCUGAGCAAUCUCAUCUUAGUACGAUGAACGACACGGCUUUGUUGGAGAUGUGGAUGAAGAAGCCUCGAGUGAGCGCCUUCUGGGGCGAGUAUGAUGAACAAUUCCUCACCAAAUCAUUGAACCAAGCAAACUCCUUCCCUGUGAUUGGACAAUGGGACGGCGUACCAUUUGGAUACUUUGAGAUCUACUGGGUUAAAGAAGAUAUUCUCGGUCAGCAUCUCGGUAGCGAUGCGGCGGAUUGGGAUAGAGGUCUUCACGUGUUCAUCGGAGAAGAGUGGGCAAGAGGUCGGGUUCCAAUCUGGUUGACGGGAUUGGUGCAUUGGUGCUUGACAUCGGACUACCGAACAAUGAGUAUAUGCCUUGAGCCGAGAGUGGACAAUGCGAGGUUUCUGCAGGGCCUAGAGUUUACUGGGUUUUCGCGUGAGAAGCAGAUUUCGUUCCCGCAUAAACAAUCUUGGCUUGUUAGACUGCGUCCUUACAGCACUUACAAAGCCAAAAUGUGUCAACAAGGUAAUACUCCUCAAUCACCCACCGCCACAACAAUGACUGACGAGAACGCAUCCUUCAUCCGCCAAUCCUUCCUCCGUGGCUAUCUCGCACCAGCCUUCAACCCCCCAUCCCGCACCUGUCCCCGCUGCCACGCCUCAUUCACCGGCUCGAAGACAAUGUGUCUCCGCUGCCUCAAAGACAUAUACACAGAACAAGCCGCCGACAAGCGCGAAAGGGAAAGAGAUACUUUUCUCUCCUACUGCGAAAACGAAAAAUGCAACGAAACUACUCAUCACCUCGGCCCGGGGUGGUGUGUUCCCUGUAAUGCACAUGGGAAGAACGUGUAUCAGAUUAUUUGUGUGGACUGUGAGCUUGUGAUGGAUGUGCCAUAUACCGUUAAGGAUGAUCAGGGGGGAUUUGUGGAUAUGCUCAAGGGCAUUGAAUCGCUUCAAUGCGAAUAUGUCGUCCCUGACAACGGUACACCACAACUUCCUCGUUGGUCCGACACACAUAUUCAACGCCCUGCUCUUAUAGUUACCCCAAAGACCGAGCAAGAUGUGAAAGAUGCCAUUCGUGUCGCGAAAGAGAACAAGCUUAUAAUCGUUGCUGCUGGCGGAGGCCAUGGAACGUUUGUCAGCGUGGACCCAGCAUCCCUGUACCUCGACAUGAAGCUCUUCAAGAAGAUUGCACUGAACAAGGAUGAAGGAACUGUGAAGGUUGGUGGUGGCGUCAUCGUCGGAGAGGUACUGAAGAUCUUGGCAGACGAGGGCUACUACACUCCCAUUCCCAACUCUGAUGCCGUUGGCUUUGUGGGAAGUGUGCUUGGAGGUGGAAACAGUGCUCAGAUUGGCCUUCAUGGAUGGAUGGUCGACAACAUGGUUUCGUUCCGACUUAUCACUGCUUCAGGCGACAUUGUCGAAGUCGAUUCUUCGUCAAAGGACAAGGAACAAUCUCUCUUCAACGUUCUCUGCGGCGCGGGUCAUGGACUCGGUGUCGUCACGGAGCUGACUGUUUCCGCAUUCCCACUUUCGAGUCUCAACGUGGAGGACAACAAAAUAUGGACAAGGUCGCUCAUCUUUCCUGCUCCAGCACUAGAUAUUGCUAUCAAUGCCUUUCUGGAUCUGAGCCACCCUCCAGCCGAAGGAUACAUGAGCUUGGCGUUUGCACGAAGUCCUCCUGGUACUCCAGCAGCUGGAUCUCCAAUCAUCAUUCUGGGGUACCAGUAUUUUGGUCCUGCUGAGCAGGCUGAGAAAGCAACGACCUUGCUUUUCCAGGACGACGUCGUCAGCAAGACCAUCGUGGCAAACACAGAGCUAUUGCCAUUUGAGAAUGUCAAUGCCAAGAUGAACAUCUACAACUCUCACCACGGCCACAAAACCAUAGCAUCCUGUCGUCUUCACAAAACCACAGCUGAAGCCAUAAAAGCUGGCUUCGAGAAAUGGCGCAUCGCAACGGAGGACUAUCCUGAUGCUCAACAAUCAAGUCUCAUAAUCUCAGCAUACAACAUCGACAAGACUUUAGCGAUCAAGAAUGAGAAGUUCGUGGAGGGCAGGGAUAGAAACAUCAAUGCGUUUAUGGUGAUGGUGGCCAAAGAGGACAAGACAAGAGAGGCGUUUGGGCCAAUUCUGGAUGAUGUAGUUGCAGGUUUUAGAAAGAGUGAUGAGGGGAUGGUGCCGAGAAGUUUUCCGAAUAAUUUGAGGCCUGGGAAGGACUUGAGUGAAAUGUAUGAUACGGAGAGGCUGGAGGUUUUGAGGGAUGUGAAGAAGACUUGGGAUGCCGAUGGCGUGUUUUGGUCGCCUUACUUUAAGGCUGUUUAA